AUGUACCACCUCUUCCGCAUGUUGAUGGUUCUUCUCGUCUUGAAUGUGGGAGCAUCCAGUGUUUCCGCUAUUCCCUACGGGUUCGUUGACGGUGAUCUACGACGCAUAGAAAUCAUUCGUACGUCACACCUCCCUCAGAGCAGCACAGCACUGGGAGUCGCGCCUGGCCUGGACCCGCAUGUCGAGCGCCGUGCAACAACGAUGCAUACCACACAUACGGCUUCCCUCUUGAGGAGUACGCUCACCGAGAGCUCGGACACCACCACCGCAGCCGGCACGCACGUCCACGUUUCCUUCAGCGCUGGCCUCGUUCCACUGUCGAUUCCCGACUCUGAUCCAAGUACCACCUCGCCUUCGUUCCCCGACGUGACUCUGGAGAAGGCCUAUUUCGUCUGGACGAUCGUCGCGCUCGCGUUCAUACUACAUCUGCCAUCCUUCGGUUGGUGA